UGCCUGCUGUAAUAAAGCACUGUGAAGGAGUAAAGAAUAGAAUGUUACAGACCCUGGUUGACAAGGAUGGGCAACUCUCGGAGCAGACACCAGCAGAAGCUGAUGAAGGCCAGUCUGGCCAAUAUCAUGUACCAUGCAGUGUCCACCGGUCAUCUGCCAACAGUCAGAAACACCCUCCUCAAUCCACUACUGGACAUUAAUCAGAAGGUGGACAAAUAUGGUUCGACAGCUUUACAUUUGGCUGCUGAGAAGGGAUGGUGGGAAUGUGUGCAACUCCUCAUCGAAAAUGGCGCCAACCCCAACACCCAAGAUGUCAGCCAGAUGACUCCUUUACACUUUGCUGCAGCCCAGGGUACAGUGAAGUCUGUGGAAGCUUUGUUGAGUUGUAAGAUUGACAUAAAUUUGCAGGAUGUUUGGAAAAGGACACCUCUUCAUAAGGCUAUUAUUAACCAUAAGGUCGAGGCUGCAGUGUUGCUUAUAAAGAAGAAAUGCUGCGUAAAUGUGCCUGAUUUGCAGGGUAGGCUCCCCUUGCACAGUGCUGCCAGCUAUGGGAAUGAAUACCUAGUUAGGCUUCUCUUGGAUCAUGGAGCCAAUAUUGACUGGCAGGAUGGAAGAGGUCGAACAGCCCUUUACUUGGCAGUCCUUGCUCGCCAUCAAGGACUAGUUGAACUGCUGAUAGAAUGGGGAUGUGAUUGUGACCUGCAAACUAAAAGUCAUGUCUCACCAUUGCUUCUUGCCACACAAAAAGGCCAUGUUGAACUCGUAGAGAUACUGCUUAAUGGAGGGGCAAAAGUGAAUACCAGAACCAAAAUUCAAAUUGUAGAUAUAAUGCAAAGGUACCCCAUUCCGCUGGAGUCUGCCAUGCUGCGAGUUGCAAAUAUUACCAGUCAGAAGUUUGCCACCUAUCUGAAGAUAACAAGAAUGUUGAUAGAGGCGGACGCAGUAUGUCCAGAAGACAAUCUGUUUUGGGUGCUGUAUCGGGUUCUGAAGCAGAACAACUCCAAUAAGGAUCUUUUGGAAUUGAUGGCUUUACUACUGGCAGCAGGUUGUAGGCCGUCUGUCAGCCAGCAGUUUGACGCGGGAGUGGAGGCUGUUGGCGACGGAAGGCGCCCUGGCGAUGACCCUAAUUCAGAUUCUGUUAUAAAGGAUUUGAUUGGUCAAUACAGUUGCAUGCCAAGUUUGUCCGACUGUGCCCGAAGGUCGCUAAGACUUGGUUUGCAAAGUCAUGCAGGCAAUGUGAUAUGUGGUGCCAAAAAACUACAACAGAAUUUGGCGCUUCCAGCAAAGCUGAUGGACAUAAUUCUGAUACCCUGGCUGACAAGGAUGGGCAACACUCGGAGCAGGCACCAGCAGAAGCUGAUGAAGGCCAGUCUGGCCAAUAUCAUGUACCAUGCAGUGUCCACCGGUCAUCUGCCAACAGUCAGGAACACCCUCCUCAAUCCACUACUGGACAUCAACCAAAAGGUGGACAAAUAUGGUUCGACGGCUUUACAUUUGGCCGCUGAGAAGGGGUGGUGGGAAUGUGUGCAACUCCUCAUCGAAAAUGGCGCCAACCCCAACACCCAAGAUGUCAGCCAGAUGACUCCUUUACACUUUGCUGCAGCCCAGGGUACAGUGAAGUCCGUGGAAGCUUUGUUGAGUUGUAAGAUUGACAUAAAUUUACAGGAUGUUUGGAAAAGGACACCUCUUCAUAAGGCUAUUAUUAAUCAUAAGGUUGAGGCUGCAGUGUUGCUUAUAAAGAAGAAAUGCUGCGUAAAUGUGCCUGAUUUGCAGGGUAGGCUCCCCUUGCACAGUGCUGCCAGCUAUGGGAAUGAAUACCUAGUUGGGCUUCUCUUGGAUCAUGGAGCCAAUAUUGACUGGCAGGAUGGAAGAGGUCGAACAGCGCUUUACUUGGCAGUCCUUGCUCGCCAUCGUGGACUUGUUGAACUGCUCAUAGAACGCGGAUGUGAUUGUGACCUGCAAACUAAAAGUCAUGUCUCACCAUUACUUCUUGCCACACAAAAAGGCCACGUUGAACUUGUAGAGAUACUGCUUAAUGGAGGGGCAAAAGUGAACACCAGAACCAAAAUUCAAAUUGAAGAUAUAAUGCAAAGGUACCCCAUUCCGCUGGAGUCCGCCAUGCUGCGAGUUGCAAAUAUUACCAGUCAGAAGUUUGCCACCUAUCUGAAGAUCACAAGGAUGUUGAUAGAGGCGGACGCAGUAUGUCCAGAAGACAAUCUGUUUUGGGUGCUGUAUCGGGUUCUGAAGCAGAACAACUCCAAUAAGGAUCUUUUGGAAUUGAUGGCUUUGCUACUGGCGGCUGGUUGUAGACCGUCCGUCAGCCAGCAGUUUGACGAGGGAGUGGAGGCUGUUGGCGACGGAAGGCGCCCUGGCGAUGACCCAAGUUCAGAUUCUGUUAUAAAGGAUUUGAUUGGUCAAUACAGUUGCAUGCCAAGUUUGUCGGACUGUGCCCGAAGGUCGCUAAGACUUGGUCUGCAAAGCCAUGCAGGCAAUGUGAUAUGUGGUGCCAAAAAACUACAACAGAAUUUGGGGCUUCCAGCAAAGCUGAUGGACAUAAUUCUGAUGCGUGAUAUUUAAAGUUAUGGUCUAUAUAUUUUUCUUAUUUAUGUUUUUACGAGGAGACUGGUUAUAAACCAAUGAAAGCCUUAUUUUCUCUGACAUAUCAUGAAAACUGUGAUUGAAAACUUUCAAAAGUAAUGCCUACAAAAUGCGCCAAUGAAAUUUUUUAUAGUCAUUUCUUGGAUGGUCAACUUAAGUUAAUUUUAUGUGUAAACAUUGAGUUAUCUUCAGCAAAAAAAUGAUGAUAACAUAUUCACAUAUGUAAGUGCUGGGGCAUUGAAACAAAC